GUGCGUAGACUGUACGUCACUAACAUCGAAAUCUUAUCAGAAACCGAACACGUUGUGCCUUCUUGCCUUCCGACGAAUCUGCACACUGCAGUGAGACUUUCCAAAUGAGCGAUGUUGACUCUACGUGGGUCGAUCAAUAUGGUCGUCCAUUGUCUUCCAAACGCGGUGUCAUGCCUCGGGUCCUCGACACGUAUUUAACAGCGCACAACCGAUGCUGCGUAUCCCCAGGUAUCCAGCCUUGCUUCACAGACAAACGUACCGUUCACCAGACUCUGGGGCCGUCCUCUUCGCGCAAUGACCGAUGUCGUCGAAGAACAACUCAAAACAUUGCAGUCAUCGAUUGUCAACAGGCCUCCAGUCUGUUUCGGCACUCUCCCCAUAUCGGCCGGUCAGUGCGAACUGUUCUACGGGAAGAGGGGCUCAGUCCAGCGCCUGAACUUCGCCACUGCGACGGAGGACGAGUUGAAGUCCCUGUCAGCGAUUUGCGACCGGGCCACCUUCGGCGUGAACCAGGAAGACGUAUUGGACGAGUCGUACAGAAAGGCUGGGAAGCUCGAUGAAUCGCAUUUCUCCAUGAAGUUCAAUGCCUUGGAGGCUGGGCUUCUCGACGUCGUCAGCACGGAACUGUUCGAAGGCAUGGGAGCUACUCGGCCAAUACGUGCCGAGCUGUACAAGCUGAACGUGUACGAGGAGGGUUCGUUCUUCAAAUCCCACGUGGACACUCCCCGCGAGGAGAACAUGUUCGGCUCGCUGGUCAUCACCUUCCCCACGAAGCACGAAGGUGGUGCGCUCACUUUUCGGCACGAGGGCGGAGAGUGGACGGUCGACUCCGGCAGGCUCAUCUCCGAGAAAGUAGCGCCCUGCGUCGUUUACACCGCGUUCUACAGCGACGUCGAGCACGAGGUCCUUCCUGUGACGUCGGGCUCUCGCGUGACGGUGACAUACAACCUGUACUUUGUCCCUCAGGACGCGCCCUUCGACAGACCUGUCGGGGACCCUAUCCCAGCUCAUCGCUCUGGUCUAGAGUCCGCGUUCAGGGCCCUCUGGACGACCCGACGUUCCUACCUGCAGGCGGCCGUCUGGGCUUCGGACUGCACCACCAGUAUCCGCUUGAUACGUCGAGGGGCAAAACAAGAAAGACAAGAAAGCGAAAGCACACCGGCGACGACGAGCAGAAGCGAGCGCAGCUGAACGCUCUGCAGAAGUUCCUCAAAGGAGGAGACGCCGCGCUCAAGCAGCUCUGCGACGACCUCAAGCUAAAGAACUUCCUCCGCGUCGUCUACCGGGGCUUCGAAGGGUACAAGAAGGAA